GAGGCGAUUUCCCAACCGGCAAGAGAGGCCGAGGCACCAGCCCCCCCGAGGUGACAGCCACCCGAUGGUCCCCAGGGAGCCUCGCCAGCCGGGUGGGAAGCCCGUGAUGCCACCAGGCUGGACCCUGCCACCCCCGCUGCUGCUGCUGCUGCUGCCACUUGUCACCGCUGCACCGUGCUCCCCCCAACCCAACGCCACCCGUUUCGUCUGCACGGAGCCCACCCUCGUCACCUUCCCCACCGGGCUGCCCCCCACCACGGUGGCCAUCUCGGUGGAGUUCACGGGGCUGGCUGUCCUCCUUCCCACGGCGCUGGCCGGGCUGCCCCACCUGCUGGAGCUUCACCUCUCCUCCAACCGCCUGGCCACCCUCCCCGAAGCCCUCCUGGACCCCGUGCCCACCCUGCGUGUCCUCGACCUGACCAACAACCUCCUGACCCACCUCCCCGCCGGCAUCUUCGCCCCCACCAGCCACCUCCAGCACCUGGUGCUGCGGGAAAACCGGCUCCAGGUCCUUCAACCCGCCUGGUUUCUGCACCUUCCCCGGCUGGAGUGGCUCGACCUGGCUGCCAACACCUUGACCGAGGUGCCACCAGGGGCUUUCGGUCCCUUGCACUCCCUACGGAACCUGGAUCUGUCCCACAACCGCCUGGCAUCCCUGGCACCGGCCGCGCUGGCCGGGCUGCGGUUGCUGGAGCGGUUGGACCUGGAGGGGAACGGGCUGGGGACGCUGCCCCCCUCCACCUUCACCUCCACACCCAACCUGUCCCUCCUCUUCCUCGCUGAUAACCAGCUGGAGGUGCUCCCCUCUGGCAUCUUCACCCCCUUGAGCCACCUCCGUGUCCUUGACCUGGCGCGGAACCGGCUGCGGGAGCUGGAGCUGCCCCCCCCAGCCCCCCCCGGCCCCUCCUUGGACCUGGACAUCUCCAGUAACCCCUGGGACUGCGGGUGCCAGCUGUUGGCACUGCUGGGGAGGGUGGCCCCGCACCUCACGGCCACCAACAGCACCCUCUGCCACGGCCCCCCCCGCUACCAGGGGCAGGAGGUGGCUGCUGUCCUCCGGGAUGGGGACACGGGCUGUGACACCAAGGGGGACUGGCCAGACCCCUAGGUGAGGGGUUUGGUGUCACCCCAAGUGCCUGGGUGUGUCACCUCCCUCCCUGCCACUCUGUCCCCAGCUGAGAUGAGCUCUCCUGGGGAAACCGAGGCAGGGAGACUGGUGUCCCUAGCUGAAUGGUCCCUGUCCCCAUCCUGCCAUCCCAUCCCAAUGACCCCUGUCCCCAUCCUGCCGUCCAAGUCCCAGAGGCCCCCAUCCCCACCCCGUGAUGCUCCCUCCCAGGGCCCCCAGCCUCUUCCCACCUGGCUCAGCCUGUCCCACUUCCCUGUACCCAUCCCACCUGGCACACUUCCCUGUCCCCACCCCGCAAGAGCACAUUAAACACGGUCACUUGGUGCCACUGCC